GCUGCGGCGCGCACGCAGGGCCUGGUCGGUGUCAUGGCCGCGUCCCGGCUGCCUCCGGCAGCGCUGACGCUGAAGCAGUUCUUGAGAAGGCAGCAGGUUCUUCAGUUAUACAGAAGAAUUCUGCAGGCUAUUCGUCAGGUACCUACUGAAACUGAUCGGCACUAUCUAAAGGAGUGGGCAAGGGAAGAAUUCAAAAGAAAUAAAGAUGCAACAGAUGAGGAUGCAAUUAGGAUGAUGAUUACUCAGGGCAACAUGCAGCUUCGGGAGCUUGAAAGAACACUUCAGCUGGCAAACUCCUAAUCUUAAUUCUGAGAGCCAAUGGACUUUCAUCCACUGUGGGAAGUACAGUACUUUCUCCAGGAUGCAGCACCUCAUCUUAUGCUAAGAUACCGGUAAUGGUUCAAGGUGGAAUACAGUACAAUACCAUUAUUUCCUUUCUCUUCUUGAGUCUGCUACCCUGAAUAUUUGACAAUCAUAGACAAAUUACUUGUGCCAUAUUUGUUCAAAUAAUCAAGUGUGGCAUAAUACUUACUGAGAGAGAAGCAGGAAGUACUGAAUAACAGCAGCAGUGCGAAAGAAAAACAAAAAUCUGGUUUGAAUGUAUUUUCUGUUUGUUUGUUUUCUACAUUAGUUCUAAAUGUUACAAUCUUAUGGGAGUUGUCUCUAGAGUUCCAAAGUCCCAAACUCCUGAACUUUCUGUGUCAUAAUAAAUGUGUUCAAAAUACUAAGAAAAUUUCUCAUAUGUAGGUGAUAACUUGAUCCAGUUUAUUGUUUGAGGUAGUGUCUUUAACCAUGAUUAUGACUGAAUAAACCUUAAUGGUGUGAGAGAAUUUAA